CGAUGCACCCCAGGGGCUGUGGGUGCCCCCGGGAGCCCGGGCCCCAGGGGACAGGGGUUGAUGGAGGGGGUGAUGCAGCUCUGUAGCCGGGUGCUCCUCUCUUGCUCUGCCAGCAGCCAGCCCGUGGCUCUGCUCCUGUCCCUCACUGUCACAUCGUGUCACGGCUCCUCACAUCCCCUGACGGAAGGUCCUGCACCGCCCAGGGUCCAUGUUCCGUUGCAGAGGUCCCGUCCCGGGCCGGGCAGAGGCGGGAUGGGUGGGGAAGCGGCCCCGGGUGUGCUGAGAUAGCCCGGGGAGAGCCUCCCGGGAGCCGAUAAGCUCCGGGAGCAGUGGUGCUGUGGAGUCUGCCCAGCGGAUAAACUCGGGAUCCCCUGAGCCUGCUGAAGGUUCCUGAGCCCACCAGAACCCGCAGCACCGGAACCACCACCUCCCAGGAGGCUGCAGAGGGGAGAUCCCACGGGUGUUCACCCCGAGCGUGGCCAGGGAUGCUGAAGCACGAGGCAGCUCUUCGCUUGGACUUUCCCGAAACCCGAACCCUUCAGCACUUUGCUGCCCGAGCUGGGGGCUGGUCCGGCCCGGGGGCUCCGUUUGGCUACAGAAAACUCACAGAUCGCUGCAGGGUUUUGGGGACUGCUCGGUGCCACCUGGGGCUGCCCGAAGGGAUGGAUGCGACUGAAAACUCGGAGCGAGGGCAUCCUGGCACCACCCGCCCUGGGGUUCUGGCCACAGCCGAGUUUUUUUUUUUUUUCCUCCCUGUCUGCCCGGCGUGCACGAGGCUUUAUUCAUCACUUGUUUUAUUUCAGCCUCUCAAAGUGAACCCGUGCCCUCAGCCCGACGGGCUCUGGAGAACCCGGUUGCUUUUGGUGUGAUUCUUCUUUUUGGUUUUCUGGUUUUGAGCACCAACACCCCCCGAAAGCUCCCCCCUGGAGGGGUCUCACGGCCGGAAUCGAGCGCGGGGCCCCAGCGCCUCCAGCCGGUACAUCACCCACGUGCGAGUGGGUUUGUAGUCCCAGAAAACAUCCUUUUCCUUCCGUUUUUGUUGGUUUUUUUUACUCAAUUUCUCUUUCAGACCUCGCGAUGUCAAACCCGCCGUGGCGCCAAAUAAACGGCUCCGGUUUGAGGCCAAACGCGCGUUUAUCCGGGGUGUGUGUGUGUGUGUGUAUGUGGGGGGACACCUUAGGGGACACCCCAGGGAAGGACGAGCCCCAUGACCACACCCCCCCUUCCUCUCCCAUUCCCCCCCCUCGGUAAGACGGACGCGCCCGGCGGGAUCCGCUGCUGCCGCCCGGAGGUGCCGCCCCAGCCAUGGCCGAUGAGCUCAGUGCCCUCCUGCGGGAGUUUGACCAAGUGCUGGAGGACUUUGAGAGAGGCCCUGCCUGCCAGUACCAGCAGCACCUGGAGGAGCUGAAGAGGAAAGCAGCACCCAGCGUGUAUGACAGCGGCAUCGAGGAGCUGGAGAGCACCAGCACAUCCCCGGGCAGCAGCCUCAGCUCCAGCAAGGAGGACAUCAACACCCCCACCAACACUUCCCCCCCCAAAGCAAAGCUGGGAGACACGCAGGAGCUGGAGGAGUUCAUUGCAGACCUGGAUAAAGCCCUGGAGGGUAGAGAUGUGAGAUGUGGUUCUGGAGCAGAGUUUGGAGAGCAGGACCUGCAGCAGAUGCCUCCUUGAUGCACCCUCUGCUUCUGCAGCCCCCCCGGGCCCCCCCAGGACAGCAGUGCCAGCCCUGAGCCAGCCCUGUCCUGGUGGCCAAGGGCUGGGAUGGUGCUGGAGCCCAGGCUCUGUCCAGCCCGGGGGUUGGCAGUGACUGAGGGGCUGGGGGGGGGUUUUGAGGGGGAUUUCUCUGCCUCUGCUGAAGCCAGAGGAGCAGCCGGGGUGGUUUGGGGGAGGUUUCCUUGCAGCACAUCCCUGAGACCUCGGGGUUCCUGCUCGGUGAAGCCUCUUCCCAUCCUUGGCUUUGCAGGGGUGGCCCCAAAUGUGCCCCCCCUGCCCCACUCCUGCUGCUGUAAAUCCUGUACAGAGGCUCCUGGUGCUGUACAGGUGGGGUUCUGGGAACAGGACCUGAAGGCUC